UUUUCUUUAUUUUUCUGAUGGUGGUGGAACUUCUGCCUCUUCUGGUGAUGAAAGGCCAAGGAGACGAGUUAUUAUUUCUCCAAUGGUUCAGCCACAAUUAGUUGCUAGUGGAAGAUAUGACCCCAAUUCACGUUGUUUUUCCUAUGUUCCUGCCAAAUCAUUAAAAGAGCAUUAUAAAGCUCCAAAAAAGCCAUCACUUAAAAGACGUACUUCAGUUAUAGAACCUGCAGAUUUAGAAGUUAGCCCUUUGGAAGCAAAGAUGGCACUAGAGAAUUUUGGACUACAAAGUUGUAGUUCUGAGACAUAUCGAAAAACAGAAACACCUAAAUGGGAAGCAGAAAUUGACAAAUUAACCGGUGGGAAAAUUGAACAUCGCCCUAGAAGAGCGAGUACUGCUGGAACGCCUGUUGGCCAUAUCCAGCAUGAUUUUGUACGUUCUCCUUCUGCUGCCCAACAAACCCGUUCUUCCAGAAAUGACUGGAAUUACCCCCAACAACAACCUCAAAAACAACCUCAACAUUGGAAUUGGCCAACACCAAAAACUUUAAAUUAUCAAAAACCAAACGGGGAAAUAUCAAAUAAAUGGCCAAACGAAUCUUUAACAACACAAAGGUUAUCUAGGGCACAAAUGCCCCAUAGAGAUAGUUACAAUACAAUGACUACAUCAAUGCCCUCCUCUACAAUACCCUUUACUGAACAACCUAUAGUCUUUGAACAAGCUAAAAGAGCAACCCCAACACUUUUACAACAACAACAGUCAACAGGUACACGUCGUCGUCCAAUUCCCGGUGUUCGUCCAUCUCCGCGUCGAAGUGAAAUGGAUGCUUUGUGUGACCCAGAAUUCUAUCUUUCAUAUUCUACACCAACAGCCUCACCUAUUUUUAAUAAAAAAUAUCCUUUGAAGGAAAAAAAUAUUGAGAGAAAUCUCUCAAAAUCUGUUCCCGAUGGAAAAGAAUUUAAUCAAAUGGCUAAAAAUGAAUUACAAAGAGAUGAUGUUAAAGAAUUACUUGCACAACAUUUAAUUGGCAACAAUAAUAAGGCUAAUUUUAAUUCAUCCGUUCGUCGUUCACAAACACCACAAAAUCCUUUAAUUACUUCCAAAGAAUUAGAUAAACCUUUAAAAAUGGAUGAUGAUUAUAGAGCUAGAAAUUGUAGAUCAGUUAAUUCUACACCUUUGAUUAGAAAUCGUCGGCUAUUUUUAUACAAAGACGUUGAUGAACCUUCUACAGACCCUGAAUGUGCUGAGGAUUGGCUACAUUCAAAAUUACAAGCAUUAAAAGGCCGUAGAGAGCCUAUUGCUAGAAAUAAAAAAGAAGCAGAAAAAAUGCUUCUUGAAGAAUUAAAAAAUAAAGCAACAAAAUUAAUAUCAAAAGAACAUGAAGGUGAUCCUUUAGAAGAAUAUAAAAAAGAAGAACAAAGACUAAAAAAUACAAAAUCACCAUUUAACACGGAAAUUGACGGGCUUAGAAAAGCAAAUAAAUUUUUACAAAAUGAGAGGGCUAAGCAAAAUUUUUUUAAACAAAGUUUUCUUUUCGAAAAAAAUUUUCAAAAAUAUUUUUUUAAAGAUCCUUCUUUUAUUUCUUCAACAAUUUCAAAAAGUUUACCUUCCACAAACGAAUUUUCUGCAACUCAGCGUUCAUUAAGUGCUGCACCUGGAAUUAAUAAUAAUUUUAAUUUUAAUGGUCAAAGUCAACACUUUGGCAAUUUAAAUUCUGAUUCUCCUAUACCUCAGGCUAAUGUUAAAAGAGGAGCAACACCAACAGGCCAAAUACUUAGUUCAAAACCUCCAACACCUCCCCCAAACAUAAGAGGAGAUUAUCGUGAACGUUCAAAAAGCCCGCACAAUUCAAAAUUAAUUUUAAAAAAUUCUUCAAAAAAAUCUUUUGAAGAAUUGGAACCUUCAACAUCUUCUUUAAAUAAUUCUGCUGUAAAUCCAAAUUUAUUAGCUUUGAGGCAAUCACUUUAUGCAAAAGAAAGGCAAAGAAUGGGGUUACCUUUGAAUGGAAAUGUUAAUGAAUUAAUUAAUUAUGAAAAUAAUAAUGAUGAGGAUGAAUUUGUAUCUUCAAUAGAGACUCAAAAGAAGAAGAAAUGGGCACUUCCGGGUUUAGCAAAAAAUACGGAAAGUGUAAGAGAUUUUUUGAAGAUAAUAACAGUUAGAACCACAUUAAAAUAUACACCUCCAUGUGGCUGA